UGUCGCACAGGAGAAACACUAUCAGAGCCGGACCAAGCAGCAGAGGAUUAAAUCUGAAAGACAAUACAGAGAAACAUCAAGUCCUGGAAAGGUUCAUCUCUCCUCCCAGCAUGAACAACUCCUUGAAUCCUUCCCUCUUGACCGCUCUAACAGGCCAGAAUGACUCAAACCCAGAGAGUGAGAGUGUAGUGAGCAAUGACUUCUCCACCGCACUGGGCGCCCUCAUCCUCAGCCUGGUCUUCCUACUGGGUGUCCCUGGAAACCUCUUCAUCGUCUGGAGCAUCCUGGCACGCACUCGGCAACGCUCGGUCACCACCCUCCUCAUCCUCAACCUGGCAUGUGCAGACGGCUUCCUUAUGGCACUCACUAUCUUCUUCAUCAUCUACCUGGCCAAGCAGACGUGGGUGUUUGGUGACAUCAUGUGCAAAGGCCUCUUCUACCUGUGCAACUCCAACAUGUAUGCCUCCAUCUUCCUGAUCACACUGAUGAGUGUACACAGGUUUGUGGCCGUGGUGUUUCCCAGAAAAGCUCCGUCUCUGGUCAGCAAGAAGAUCAUUAGGAGGGUGCUGGUGGGCAUGUGGGUGCUAGUGAUGGUGAUCGCUAUCCCAUCGCUGGUGUUUCGAGAUGUGAGAGAGGACAAAGAUGAGAGGAAUAAAACAAGAUUGGUGUGUGCCCCCAAUCACACCUUGCCUCGACACGUGAGGUUUCAGUACGCCUUCGAGACUGUAGCUGGAUUCAUUCUUCCUUACGCGGUCAUUAUAACGUGCUACGUCCUCAUCCUGAGACGCCUCAGACAGACAAAGUUUCGCAGAAAGGUCCGCAGUGAAAAACUGAUCCUCGCUAUUGUGGUGAUGUUUGGCCUCUUCUGGCUGCCGUACCACGUUAUCAACAUGAUACAGGUGGCAACUGAGUGGUACGGCGAUAAAUCACCCACAAGAGAAGUUCUGGACGAUAUUGCUAAAUCCAGCCGUGCCGUGACGUCAGCUCUGGCCUUCAUCAGCAGCUGUGCGAAUCCCGUCCUUUACACCUUUGCUGGGAAAUCCUACAUAAAGAAGAACGGCCUCGCAUUCAUGGCCCGGCUCUUUGAGGGAACGUCUAUGGAUCAAGUAGGGACCAAAAAAAGUCGAGACCAGAGUAAAGACUCUGCUGGAGCCAGUAAUUUAAAUUCAACACACAGCACGGGGACGCCUCCUUUGAGAAAUGGGAGAUGAGCAUCAAAUGAACUUUGUGCAUUACCAAUGGCACUGUGACAGAGAAAAUAUAUAAAACUACAUGUUGAUUGUAUAGAUUUGAGAAAAACUUUAGAAAUAAGUUCUUAAGAAGAACUUAGGGAUAUGAUCCACCAUCUUAAAGCUGGCCAUAAAAAAUAAAAAUUAAUUGUAAAUAAUUUAUGCUGAAAGUGCCAGUUUGACUGCUUACCUGUGGGGCUGGUAAUGGAAAUCUGGUUGUUUUUUUUCUUUUUACCUUCUCCAUACAUAAGGACUGUAAGAAAGAUC